AUGGGAAGUGACAGUAUAAGCCUCCUUCACAGUUCUUCACAACGUUCACCUGCAUCUUCCCACACCGCCGACCCUUUUCCCUUCUCCGCUCCAGACCUUCAAUCUCCGGUGCCGGCUGCAAUCUUCACAUUGUCCGAUCACCUGGCAAGUCCCGCUUUCUUUUUCUGGUUUGUUCAAAGUCGAGGUUCUCAUUUAGUUGAUCGAAGCUAG